AUUGUGCUUUAGGCAAUAAUGUGAAGUUGGUAUGAAGGAAAUGAUUGGAAAGAGAUGGAGAAUCUCUUAUAGCUUGUUUGAAGGCAAGUAGAGUGAACCUCAAUGUAGAAUGUACAAAUGAAGCCCAACAAUCAUGACAAGUUCUCUUCAGGUAGUAGCUUUGAGGAGUUAAUCUGUUUGAAUAGGUUGAGAGACAAAGAUGCUAGCUCUUCAGUACCUACUAAUUUUAUGACUUGGUUCUCCCAAAACGUAAUUGAUGGCAUGACUAUUGUUCUUGUAUGGGGCUAAAAUGAAAACUUUAGUGAAUAUAGAGGUCAAAAUUGUUGUCUAUCAUGGGGGGGAUUUUUCUCAUGAGUCUUUGUGGAAUUUGAAUUAUUUCAUUAGUGAUUCUCCUGGGAGCAUUGCUGUGGCGAGGAGGGAGUAAGUAUCCCUCAUGCAAGCGCAGCGGAAGAUGAGAAUUGCUCAUUAUGGAAGAAAGCCUGUGAAGAUUUACGGGAAAACAACUCAAAUUGACUCUUCUUUGAUGGCUAAUACUACUCAAGAGGAGAAGAGAUGUAGUUUCAUUACACUCAAUUCAGAUCCUUUGUAUGUUGCUUACCAUGAUGAGGAAUGGGGAGUUCUCGUCCAUGACGACAAGAUGUUGUUUGAAUUGCUUGUCCUAACCAGUGCAAAAGUUGGGAUGGAUUGGACUUCUAUCUUGAGAAAACGCCAUGAUUUCAGGGCUGCUUUUGCCAGGUUUGAUACAAAAAUCGUCGCCAACUUCACAGAAAGACAAAUAGCAUCAGUGGCCACAAAUUGCAACCUGGAUUUAAAAAAGGUUUGAGGUGCUGUCAACAAUGCUAACAGUAUCCUCCAGGUUCCUGAACACAUAUCUACUUGUUGGUUGCUGCCACGAUGAAGUCACUCAUACGUACAAAUGGAAAACUAUAAUGACUGAAGAUGAGCACUAUGAAUAUCUUCGUCACUUCAGGUAUUCAGCUUUGUAGACAUUGAUUCACUUGUUAGUAGAUAUAUAACAUUUCAUAUGACACCAUUCAAGUUUCGUGGAAUAAUUUUGUUGUAAUCAACAACCUAACCACAUAUUUAAACCAUCCUUUCUAUCCUUUUCUUCUCUGUUGCAUGGCCAUUAUUGGAGAUAAAAUGAAAUUGAUAUAAAAUACAUCAAAAAGGAAGCAUUGUCCAAUUUGAAUUUCUGAUGCAAAAGAGUAGAAACAUAUGAAGCUAUUGCUGAUUCUCUUUUUAUUGGUUUUGGUGAUCGGG